CAACACAAAAAAGAAAAAUGUGGCGGUGGCGAAGGAAAGGAAGGAAGGAUGUCGCUGGUGAAACGGAAAUGACAGCGGCGGCGACAUGACAAUUGAGAACAACACGGGAAAGGUUAAAAUGCCGUUUGGCGUCCGUCUCUCCCACAUUUCAAUAUCAAUUCCUUUUCUCGAUUAAAUCGUCCCUUCUUCUUCUUCAGUUCUUCUUCUUCUCCACUUUAAUUGCCGUAUUUAUUUUUUUUCUGCUACGCUUGUUUUUUUUAUUAAUAUAAUUGUUACCCCGCUCGACUCUCCUCGUCGGCAGGCACAAGUGAAAAAGAGUAAGAAAAGACAAAAAAAAUCACGUCUGGGUGCGGGAGCGCAUUUUUCUCGGCUUGCGCAGACUCUCUCCCGUCAUUCCCGGCCCGGCUUCCUCCCUCAAUUUUCUUCUGUAAUUCUCCCCGCCGGAAUUGCAAGCUCAGAUGAAAGGAGGUGGCUUCAAAGUGAAAGGUCGAGAGUUAACUCUUCUCCUAAUCGUGCUUGCAUGCACAACCAUUAUUAUGCUGUCAUGGGAGAGAACCCCACUUCUUUCUGCAUCACUUCCUGCUAAUGAUCCCUUACAGACAUACUCGGAGAUAUCGCUAAACUUAACUGAUAUGGAGGAGAAAGAUAAAGUCUUCACAGAAGCAGGCGAAGAUCAUACUGCAGAAAACCCUCCAAGCUUGAGAGAAGCAGGAGAUCCUAAUCAGAAUGUUGAACAGAGUUUGAAUUUGACAUCACAAGGAGUCGCUGAGGGGGGACAAGAAGACGAGAAUACACCAGAAGUAGGAGAUAAACAAGAGAAAUUGCCAAACUUAAUUGAUAUGGAGGAGAAGGAUAAACUCUUCACAGAAGCAGGCGAAGAUCAAACUGCAGAAAAGCCUCCAAUCUCGAGAGAAGCAGAAGGAGAUCCUAAUCAGAAUGUUGAACAGAGUUUGAAUAUGACAUUACAAGGAGCCGCUGAGGGACAACAAAAUGACGAGAAUACACCGGAAGUGGGAGAUAAACAAGUUUGUAAUUAUGCAAAAGGGAAGUGGGUGGUAGAUGACAGCUUGCCUUUAUAUUCUGGAUUUGAUUGCAAGCAGUGGCUAGCACCAGGGUGGGCCUGUCGGUUGAUGCAACGGACUGAAUUUUCUUAUGAGAAGCUCAGAUGGCAACCAAAAGAUUGUACAAUGGAGCGGUUCAAUGGAGAUGAGUUCUUGAAAAGGAUGCGAGGCAAGACUCUAGCUUUUGUUGGAGAUUCAUUAGGUCGCCAGCAGUUCCAGUCUCUAAUGUGUAUGAUCACUGGAGGGUUAGAAAGGAACGAUGUCCUCGAUGUCGGAAGCGAGUACGGACUUGCCGUCCCUGAAAACGGCCGUCCCGAUGGGUGGGCUUAUAGGUUUCCCACCACAAAUACCACUGUCCUCUAUUACUGGUCUUCUUGCCUCUCUGACGUGGAACGUAUCGACCCUAAGGAUCCAAACUCACACUAUGCCAUGCACCUCGAUCGCCCUCCAGCAUUCCUGCGUGAAAAUCUGCACAGAAUCCACGUCCUAGUUCUAAACACGGGGCACCACUGGAACCGCGGGAAGCUGAGUGCUAAUCGGUGGGUCAUGCAUGUUGGUGGUGUCAAGAACACCAACAAGAGGCUGUCAACCAUGGGGGAUCUCAAGAAUUUCACAAUUCACAGUAUUGUUAGCUGGGUGAACAGCCAGCUACCGGAGAAUCCGCAGCUGCAGGCUUUCUAUCGUAGCAUAUCUCCCAGGCAUUUCUCUGGUGGGGAAUGGAACACUGGUGGGAGUUGUGACAGCACCAUACCUAUGUCCAUAGGGAAGGAAGUAGCGGACGAGGAGAGUAAGGAUUACAGCGCCUGGCAUGCAGUGCAGGGAACCGGGGUCAAGAUUCUGGAUAUAACGUCUUCGUCCAAGCUCAGGGAUGAGGGUCAUAUAUCGAGAUACAGCCUAACAGCGAAACGAGGUAUGCAAGAUUGCCUGCAUUGGUGUCUGCCUGGUGUUCCUGACUCGUGGAACGAAAUCCUCUUUGCACAAAUCAAAUGAAGUGUCGGAAAACGGGUACUUGUAAGUAAGUUUAGUCCACAUAUUCAUACAGGUAGUUUGCUUUGGGAAAGAAGAACCGAUCCAAGCUCUUUUCUAGCCGUGAGAAGAAGAUUUGGUUAGUGGGAAAUGUGGUUUGUGAAUAGUGGAUGGCCGGAAGGGAAGAUUGAGGAGAAAGAACUGGGUCCGUGAAGGUAAUUGUUCUCCCCGAUAAUGAACUAAUGAAGUUAGUUCCAUUGUUGAUAGGACACGGACGGUAAUGAACUUUGUACACACGGUGGAGGCAUUGAUGGAAAAAAACCAAUCAAGGGCACCUUAUAGACACACGGUUAGGGCACAAUGUAAUUUCCUAUCUGUAAUAUGACGAUAGUUUUAUGGAAAUUUUGGAUUGAUGGAUUCUAAUAUUUGAUUUGAUUAGUAUUUGGCAAGAGGUGGUGCGGUAAAAUGUCAUCACGUUCAUCCAACGGUUGUGACUUGCAAGUCAUGGUGAUUUGAUGGAAAAAAAUCAUAUCAGUAAAGAGGUCGAUUGUUUUCCCCAAAUCAUGGUGACUUGCACCAUAACAAAGUCCUAACCAUUUUUAAUAUUGUAC